UCGAUGUUUCGGACCAAUCGGGGCACAGUGGGCGGGUACUUCCUGGCCGGGCGCUCCAUGACCUGGUGGCCCGUGGGGGCGUCGCUCUUCGCCAGUAACAUCGGCAGCGGGCACUUCGUGGGUUUGGCGGGCACCGGAGCGGCCAGUGGCAUCGCGGUCGGCGGCUUCGAGUGGAACGCUCUGUUCAUCGUCCUGCUCCUGGGUUGGGUCUUUGUUCCGGUCUACCUCACUGCAGGGGUGAUCACGAUGCCUGAGUAUCUGAAGAGGAGGUUUGGAGGUUCCAGGAUCAGUUUGUAUUUGUCCAUCAUCUCCCUGUUCCUCUACAUCUUCACCAAGAUCUCGGUGGACAUGUUCUCCGGGGCUGUCUUCAUUCAGCAGGCUCUGGGCUGGAACAUCUACAUCUCUGUGAUCGCUCUGCUCCUCGUCACCGCGCUCUACACGGUCACAGGAGGACUGGCAGCUCUCAUGUACACAGACACAGUGCAGACGUUUGUGAUCAUCGCUGGAGCCUGUGUCCUCACCGGAUACUCGUUCUCGGAGGUGGGCGGGUACACUUCGCUCCUGCAGAAGUAUCCUGUGUCUGUGCCCGUGAACCGCUCGUCUCUGGACCCGGCGCGGUACCACAUCGCCCCCUGGUGUUACACUCCUCGCCCCGACGCCUUCAGCCUCCUGCGCGACGCCUCCACCGGAGACCUGCCCUGGCCCGGGGUCCUGUUUGGGAUCGCCAUCGUGGGAGGCUGGUACUGGUGUACGGACCAGGUCAUCGUUCAGAGGUGUCUCGCCGCUCGGAGUCUCACAGACGUUAAAGGCGGCUGUAUUCUCUGUGGGUACCUCAAAGUUCUGCCCAUGUUCCUGAUGGUUUUCCCCGGGAUGAUCAGCCGCGUUCUCUACCCAGACGAGGUGGGCUGCGUGGUGCCUGAGCUCUGUCGGCAGGUGUGCGGCACGGAGGCGGGCUGCAGUAACAUCGCGUACCCCAAGCUGGUGGUGUCGCUGCUGCCGGACGGCGUGCGCGGCCUCCUGCUCGCCGUCAUGCUGGCGGCGCUCAUGUCCUCGCUCGCCUCCAUCUUCAACAGCACCAGCACGAUCUUCACCCUGGACGUGUGGACGAGGCUCCGCCCACGAGCCACCGAGACAGAACUGCUCGUCGUCGGAAGGGUGUGUGUGCUGUGUCUGGUGGGCGUCAGUAUCGGCUGGUGCCCGUGGUGCGCGUCUCAGGGCGAGCUCUUCGACUACAUCCAAUCGGUGUGCAGCUACUUGGCCCCGCCCUUCGCCGCCGUCUUCUGCUGCCGUGUCAGAGAGAAACGGAAAUACAAACCUGGGGCGUUCUGGGGCCUGAUGGGGGGUCUCGUCAUGGGUCUGUCCCGGAUGAUCCCGGAGUUCUGGUUCGGGACCGGCUCGUGCGUCUUCCCGUCCCGAUGUCCUCGGAUCAUCUGUGGAGUUCACUACCUCCACUUCGGAAUCCUGCUCUUCUCCUGCACCUGCCUCCUGGUCCUGAUCAUCAGCUACAGCUCCAGACCCGUCCAAGACCGACACCUGCAUCGUCUGGUCUUCAGUCUGAGGAACUCCAAAGAACCGAGAGUCGACCUGGACCAAACUGAAGACGACCAGAACCAGAACCAGAACCAGACCCAGAACCAGAACCAGACUGAACCAGUUGUGGAUGAGGAAGAGGAGUCCGGGAUCUGCGCUGUGAUUGGUCGGUUUUGCGGCGGCGGCUCUAAGGUCCGCCCCUCGGAGCCCUCGACCAAUGAGAAGCCUCCGCUGCCCGACAUCAGCGAAAACCCGAAGUUUAAAAUCGUCGUCAACGUGAACGCGCUGAUCAUGAUGAUGGCCGCCGUGUUCAUGUGGGGAUACUACGCCUGA